UUUUUCCGCCCAGUUCGGUUCUUGUGAACCGGUUCUUUCCCCUCAGGCUACUGGAAACCUGCUGCUGUUAUUAUUAUUGAAAUUAUUUUUAUUUUUAUUUUGGCCUCCAGCGCCAACCUGAGGCUACCUAUGACGUCACAAGUGAACACCCCUCGCCGCUCUGAGGAACCGAACUGGAUCAGGAAGAACCAGACAGAAACCCGCGGAGUUCCCAGGAAUCGGAGCUGCGCGGUUCCACGCCCGGGCAGAACACGCCCCUUCCACGGAACCACUUGACUCCGGGAUCCGAACCGACAACCAGAGGGCUGCGAGCGCUGCUGCUGAUCGGACCGGACCGGGACUGAUGGCCGGACUGGACCGGAACCGGACCGGUGCCUGGAUGGAGGAGCUGCAGGCGGAACCUGCUGCGAGGCUGGAGGAACUGUUGGCCGGCAACACGACCGCCUCAAACAGCAGCAACAACAGAGGGACCUGUCCCCAUGACGACGACGAAUUCAAAUACAACGCCUACAUCUUCACCUACAUCCUGGUGUUCCCCGUGGCGUUCCUCUGCAACAUCAUAGCGCUGGUGGUCUUCUUCAGACAGAAGAAACGCAGGAGUAAACCCGCCUAUGUGAUCAUGGUGAACCUGGCCCUGUCUGACGGCAGCUUCUCCCUCACCCUGCCGCUGCGCCUGGCGUACUACAUGAACAAGGGCCACUGGUCCUUUCCUGACUGGGUCUGCAGACUCUGUGUCUAUGCCUUCUACGUCAAUCUGUACUCCAGCAUCCUGCUCCUCACGUUCCUGAGCGUCCUGCGCUGGUUUUCCAUCGUCUAUCCACUACAUCACAAGAAAGUGAAAAGCUUCAGGUCAACCUUACUGAUGUGUUUGGGGAUCUGGCUGUUUGUGGCCGUGACCUCUCUGCCCUUCCUGGGCAGCGGCGUUAAUGAAAGAGGUGGAAAACCUCGCUGCUUUGAGCCAGCGACUCCACAGUCUUGGUCCCGCAUUCUCAGCAUGAACUACGUGGCGCUGAUCUUUGGCUUUGUGCUGCCGUUCUUCACCAUCAUCCUGUGUUGCACCAAGAUCAUUUACUGUCUGACACACCCACAAUAUUGUCAGGACCCGAAAACGCGCAUGAAGUUAAGGAAGAAGAACAAGCGCUCAGUGCACCUGCUCGUCAUGGUGAUAGUGACCUUCCUGCUCUGCUUCCUGCCCUACCACGUGAUCCGGACCGUGCACCUGUACGCCGUGAACGGCGGCUGGGACUGUGGCGUCACCAACCUGCUGCAGAGAGCCGUGGCCAUAACGCUGUGCAUGGCGGCGUCCAACAGCGUGGUCAACCCGCUGCUGUACUACUACUCCACCAAGAACUUCAAGGAAGACGUGGAGCACACUCGGUCACGUUUCAGUAAACAGAUGUCUUUCAGAAGCGGCUCUGUAAGGUCCACUGGAAGGGCCGAGUCGUUGAAAGCUAAAACCCAUCAGGGUCCGUCCAUAAAACCAGAGAAUAUGGAGCAGAGUCCGUUAAGAACACAACAUCCUGCUGCAGACCAGCAGAUUGAAAUGACUGAGAUUGGAGAGAAACUGUGACUGAAAUGUUCUCAGGAGAAACUGCUGCAGAUGAGUCACAACAGCACAGAUUUAUCUCUGUCAUUUUUCCAUUUCCUUUGGUAAUGUCCAGUUUGAUGAAGGUUGACUUUGUCAUUAGAACUGGUUUGUAAUCUUGGGUUUAAUCUGAGUUCUAGUUGAGAUCAGAUUAUAAUCCAGAGGAAGCAGGAAGGAGUCACAUGUUCUCCUUGAUGGGUUUCCUCCUUAUGGUUACAGUUCAGGUAAAAACAUGUACAGAAAGACAGGAUCCUCUCCAGCGCCCUCUUCAGGCUGCUCCCUGACCGGACACCCCAAACUGAACAGGAGCAGGAAACCUUCUUCGUUUCCAGGGUUUUGAUCGUUUCCGUUGACCUGAAGCACCGCUGGUCCCUGUGCCACCCAGUCUCCUGUUUAUAGGGAGAUAAUCCCUGCAGUAGUUUCCUCCUGGGGAUUUUUAAACCUUGUUUAUCGUCUAACCAUGAAGCCGUCAGAGUGAAGCACUGAAACACUUCUGGGUGGGAUCAGAACACGAGGUUCAUGUUCUCCUGUUUAUUUAACUGUCUUUAUUAUUUUAUAAUAUGUUGGGAUUCAGUUUGGCCAUGUAAUCAGGAAACUUAAAAAUGAAGGUCCAGCUGGAAGGGUCGUCCUUCCGGUCAAUGUUUAUGUGGAUUUUUAUAUAAAUCAUUCACUUCUA